UUUUAUAACAGAACUAAGCAUAUUUGGAUGCUCCUCUUUUCUUUAAAAUAUAGGCUACGUGAUUCACGUUAUUUCAAAAAGUUGUGUGAGUUGCUGAAUAUAAGUAAACGUUGAGAGAGAUUCGGAAUUCAUAGCAAGAAGAGGAAGAUCAUGAAGAGGCCUGUGAAAUACUUUGUGGUUGAUGCAUUCACUGAGUCAGCCUUCAAAGGGAACCAAGCAGCAGUUUGCUUUCUUGAAGAAGACCAUGAGAGAGACCGUGAUAUAUGUGGUCAUGGAACAUUAGCAUCAGCUCAUACUCUCUUCUCAAACGGUUUGGUUGGCUCGUCUGAGACUGUCGAGUUUUCCACUAACUCUGGGAUUCUAACUGCUAAAAGGGUCGAUGAUUGUGAAGCCAAAGGAUCUUUCUUGAUCGAAGUUAACUUCCCUGUGAUAACAACUUGUGAGUACAGCUCCAAUGAUUUCUCCAUGUUCUCUAAAGCCUUGGACGGAGCUACCAUUGUUGAUGUCAGGGGAACUACAAAGGAUAAACUCGUAUUUCAACCGUUGAAGGGAGCUACUAAAUCAACUUCAACAGAUCAAAUCAUGGUUGUGCUUUCAUCUUGGGAGUCAGUGGCUGAGUUGCAGCCAAGAACUGAUGAAAUCAUGAAAUGCCCCGGCAAAGUGAUGAUUGUUACAGCAGCUGCUCCUGAGGGAUCUACUUAUGAUUUCUGCAGUCGACUCUUUGCUCCCAAGCUAGGGCUCAAUGAGGACUCUGCAUGUGGAAGUGCACAUUGUUCAUUAGCACAUUACUGGAGUCUCAAGAUGAACAAAUGUGAUUUCAUCGCCUACACGGCUUCGCGUAGGAGUGGAGAACUGAAGGUUCAUUACGAUAAAGAGAAGCAGAGGGUCUUGCUCACUGGCAAAGCUGUGACUGUGAUGAACGGCUAUGUCUUAGUUUAACCUUUGACUAUAUCCAGAUUCUUGGAAAAGGUCAAAACCAAUAAUGUCGAACCUUGAGUCUUAUCAGAUUGUGUAAUAAAGUAAUGAACUCAAUAAUAAACGAAAGUGACUGUU